UUAAUUAAAAUUCAGAAUUGGCUAGUAAGCAGAUGACUCUUCCCCUUCUUCGAGAAGUAGAUGACUCCUCCCCUUCUACUAUAUAUAAGUAGAGGAGUACGUACCCUUCUGAGUCUAUUCUUAUGUGCAAAAUCACCCAACUACAAGACAUAAUAACAUCCUGCUAGUUCAAUGGCGUACAUUCCUCCACAUAAGCGGCAUUCACUCGACAAGGAUAGACCGCCACCCGUUGGAGAGUCGAUAAGACCUCUUUUCAAGAAAAAAAUGAGUUUGAAUGCAACAAACAAGAGUGGCAAAAUAGUUUAUGCCAAUACUUCUAUAACUACAUGGUUUGCUGUUGGUUUGACUGAUAAUGACCAGUUUCCGUCUCACGUUCGUCUCGAGCCAGUUUCCGCUGAAUCUUUUAAGCACCAACCAGGAGGAAAAUAUUUAAUCCUGGUGAACACUAAUGUAAAUGAAGAAAAUAAUGAGGUGAGCAAGAAUUGUAUUAGAAGUCCAUGGGAAACAAUAGCUUCAAAUGUACAACAGGACCUAUUUUCUUCUCUUGAAAUUUUGAGGAAGGGAGUGAGCUAUCAUGAGUUGGAAAAAGUAAAGCCAACAUUGGUUGCUAGAUUUGGUAAAAUUCGUUUUCAUGGAAUCCCAUCAGUGCAUCAAAAUCAGGUCAAUGAAACUGUUUUGAGACCAUUGAUAAGAUCAUUUUGCACAACUAUUCCUUCUUCAUACAUGAAAAAUGUCAUAGAUGAAGUCGUCCAGAAAAUUGGAAUUUAUUUUGAGGAGGAAAAAGACAUCUACCAUGUCAAGUUGUCUGAUAACACACGAACAGAUUCAACUGUUUCAUGCAAAUGUAGCGUAAAGGCGGAUAAAACACUUAUGUUCUAUAAGGUGGAACUGAAUCUAGUACGCCAGAUGGUCGCUGAUAUAUCAUGCCUUGAUAAGAAUCUUGAUCUGAGGCUAAUGCUGUGCUCCAAGAGGAUCUUAACAGCUCUUACCGAGGAUGAGAUAUAUAGCAUAAAAGAAGUGGUUAGUUCUGCGGUUUUGGAUUCAGAUGUGAAGGGUGGGUUGAGAUGGCCUGUGGGGAAGACAUCUUCUGGAGACAGAUUUAGUGUGGUUGGAGUUGGGCACACUGUAACUAGAUCCUAUAGUAGUCCAUCACUUCGGCUCAAAGUAAGACAUGCUGACCGAUAUGAUUUUAGGAGGGGAAUCGGAGAAGCCGGAAAGGAAGUUCAUAUGAAGCUGAAAGGAAUACUUUCAGUAUUUCUGGAACACGGAGCACAAAAUGAUUCUGUCUCGGAUAUGCUCAAAGACAGCUUGAAGUUGAUAUGGGACAAUUUCUUAUGCUGUGAACCAUUUUUAACAUGAGCCCAAGUACGUGCAUGGAAUGGGGAGCAAUUUUGAAGAAGACUGGUCCAAGAAUUUGUUUUCAGCUCUAUCUUUGGUUAUUUUGUCCUUCAAUUCUAAUUUUGAAAUGCCAAUGCUGUUGCUUUGGAAACUCCCCUUUGUUAAAGAAAAAAAAAAAGAAACUCCAUCUGCCUCUAUUAAUGACUUUACCUAACAAGUUAUGCUUGUAUUUUGCAAGAAGACAGAUACAAAGAUAUUACAAAUAUAUUUUUCUUCUUA